UUAUAUCCCUUCCAUUUCCUUAACAUUUUUUCUAACUAUCCCUAAAGCAACUUCACUUGCUCUCUCCUACUUCUUUCUUGGCAACUUUCCCUUCAUAAAUCCAUUUAUACACACACAAAAAUUUCCCUUUAAUCCUCAAAUUAAUUACUACCUAUUUUGUCAUCAUUGAAGUUUCCCAAAAUGGAGAAAGUUAAAAGUAUGGAGAAAAAGAAAUUGAUCAAUGAGUUAACACAAGGGAAGGAAUUUGUUAACCAAUUGAAAAAUCAGAUUAUUGGUCCAUUAGCUUCUCCUGAAGAAUGUGAUUUACUAAUUGGGAAAAUAUUGUCUACACUUGAAAAAUCAUUAUCAAUUCUCAAUUUGAAGGCUCUUCUUCUUGAAGGCGGAAUUAAUAAUACUAACAAUUCUACAUCUUCAUGUUCAUCACUUUCAUUUCUUGGUAGUAAUAAUAAUAUUAGUCCCAAAAGUGAAGUUUUUGACGCUUCAAGGGAUCAAUUGGACAAAAAUAUGGUCUCCAAGAAAAGAAAGAAAACACAACAAUGGAUUAAUCAAACAAGCAUUUCUGUAAAUGGGCUUGAAGGUCCAUGUGAGGAUGGAUUUAGUUGGAGAAAAUAUGGCCAAAAAGAUAUUUUAGGGGCUAAUCAUCCAAGGGCUUAUUAUAGGUGUACUCAUAGGAACACACAGGGAUGUUUGGCAACAAAACAAGUCCAAAAAUCAGAUGGAAAUUCAACAAUUUUUGAAGUCACAUAUAAAGGAAGGCACAGUUGUAAAGUUGCGCAAUCAGAAAUAUUUUCACUUAAUAACCGAAAACGCCAGAAAUGCAACAAAAAACAAGAAAUGGUAAUAUUCAACUCUGCAUCACCAAACCAUAACGUUGAAAACUUUAACAUUAUAACAGCAAAAGAAGAAGAAGUUUUCACGCCCUUUCCAUUCCCUCCUGCACCACUACACAUCGAAAAUGUCGAAGAAAAUAAAUUCUUUCCAGAUUCAAUGGCACCAUUUUCGUCUCCAAUCGCCUCAGAAUUACCCUUGUACUUGUCAUUGUUGACAUCCCAAAAUGAUGAAUUUGGAAUGGAACACAUGAUUCUACAGAGCUCAGAUUCAGAUCUUACUGAAUUGAUAUCGACUCCGACUUCGAUGUCAAAUUCAUCGUUUGGUGGAGAAGGGAUGGAUUAUGAACAUGAAAUCACAUUUGACAUUGAAGAAUUCUUCAUUUAAUUUGAAAUUUAAAACAUUCCUUGCAAAGUUUGUAAUAGCAGCAAGUAAGUUUUGUGCAAUGAUUUUUGCUUUUUUAGCCUAAUUGAUCCUAAGCUAAAGUCAAUUGACUGAUGUUUUAUAGAAAUAGUUGUAGUAAAAAUUGUAACGUCGAUGAAUUCAUGUUUGUAAUUACAAGCUUUGGCUAUUGAAAUUCAAGUUGCAUUUCAA